AUGAAUAAUCUCAAGUCGGGUAUACAUUUACUAGCCCUGACAGAAACUUGGGCUGGCAGUCAUAUGCUCGAUAGUGAACUUGAGAGUCCAGGGUACAAACUAUUUAGACGAGACAGAGGCUCCACUGGUGGCGGGAUUGCAGUAUAUGUUAAAAGCGAGAUAGUGGCAAUUAGGAGAGACGAUUUAGAAGACUCUAGUGUCGAAGGACUUUGGCUUGAGAUCUUGUUGCCGAAAUCCCGUGCGUUUUUGGUGGGUACUUUUUAUAGGCCUCCAAAUGCAUCAAAGUACCAUGACAAAGAUUUUAUGGCUAAACUCGAUAACAGUUUGGAUGGUGUUACAUCUGAAGGUAAGGAACUGCUUAUACUGGGAGAUUUUAACUGUGACUUUCUGGCUAAGAGAGCAAGUAUCCCAGAUUGUAAACAAUUAAGAGCCCUCUUUAAAAGCUUACAUAUUAAACAGCUGAUUAAAGAAGCCACCAGAAUCACACCGGAGUCUAGUACGCUGUUGGACUUGAUAGCUACUAACAAUUCACAAAAUAUUAGUACGUCUGGAGUGAUAAGUUCAAGUCUGAGCGAUCAUGAAAUGGUAUAUUGUAUACGUAAACUAAAUUGGAAAAGAGCGCCAGCCCAAAUCAAAACAUUUAGAAACUAUGUAAAUUACGAUGCGAAUAAUUUCUGCAAUGAUUUGAAUGAUGUUAAUUUGACCCCGGAGAAUAUCCCCGAUGAAGAUUUGUGCGAUCAACCGGUAAAUGACUUAUGGAAUACCUUUAAGUCGGCUUUUGUUUCAGUCGCCUAAAUUCAUGCCCCUGUUAUUCAAAAGCGUGUACGGGGAAUUGAUAAUUGCCCUUGGUUGAAUAGUAAUAUCAAAAGUACUAUCAAACAGCGUGAUUAUUUGCUUAGAAAAGCACGUAGAACGGCCAGUGAUGAGGAUUGGGCAAACUAUCGUACUCUAAGAAAUCGUGUUACUAACAUGAUUAAAAAAGCGAAAGGGGCUUAUAAUAGACAAUUAUUAGAGGAUAACAAGGAUAAUGAUAAAGCAUUCUGGAGAACAGUAAAAAAGAUUAUACCUGGAGAGAGUAAGGAAGUUUCCUCGAAUAUUAAAGUUGGGGAAAAUAUUACCAGUGAUAAGCUAACUAUUGCCACUGCUUUUAAUAAGUAUUUCGUUGGUACUGUGACCCGUCUUUUUGAGUCGGCAGAGCGCUCUAUCACAGACCUGGGCGGUAUGAUUGUAGCAAGAACAUUUGAUCCAUCUCGAGUACAGCUUAGUACAUUUCAAUUUAAAGAGAUCCCCGUGAGUUUUACUUUAAAACAACUUCGUGGAUUCAAGACAGGAAAGGCAGUUGGUCUGGACAAUAUUCCACCACGUUUACUGAAAGACCACUUACUACCAUUAUUAACGCUUCCUUACGGCAGGGUAUAAUUCCAGACGAUUGGGAGUCCGCACGAGUAAUUCCUCUAUUUAAGAAGGGCAAGGUUGAAGAUCUAGAUAGCUACAGACCUAUCUCCGUCCUUCCAAUCGCGUCGAAGUUGCUAGAAAGAGCUGUCCAUACGCAACUCUGUGAAUAUUUAAAGGAACAUAACAUUUUAAGUCCACACCAGUGUGGAUUUCGAAAGGCCCAUUCAACAGAAUUUGCAGCUCUAUCUCUUGCGGAUACCAUACGGAGAAAUAUAGAACAAGGACAAUUGACUGGGGCACUUUUUAUUGAUUUUCAGAAAGCAUUUGACAGCAUAGAUCACUCGGUGUUACUGAAUAAACUAUCUGCUUUAGGAAUCGUAGAUCACGAACUUGUUUGGUUUGAGGGUUAUUUGCAUAUUCGAAGUCAAAUCGUUGGGUACCAGGGUGUAUAUUCGGAGGCUGAGUAUCUAACGUCUGGUGUUCCACAGGGCUCAAUACUGGGCCCCCUCUUGUUUGUUUUGUACCUUAAUGAUCUUCCAAGUGUUGUUCGUAAUUGUAAAAUACUAAUGUACGCAGACGAUACUGUUCUAUUUUACCCACAUUCAGAUGUUGCAGUAAUACAACAGAAACUUAAUGAUGAUCUCGAGCUCAUCGGAACCUGGCUACUUGAUAAUG